CGCGCGAGGACGGUUCUGUUUCAAAUUUGAACGUUACUGUUAUUUCCGUUAUUACCACAGUUAGCUCAUGACCUUUUAAACUCUAUGAAUAAUAUGGCUUAGUUUGGUGCGGUUUAAAUGUGAAAAUCCUGACAAAUACAGGAUUUUCUGGUCAUCUUGUUGCCAUUAGUUACAGGAAGUACUAUGUACAGUAUGUACUUUUAACCCCGAAGUGUUUAUUAUUAUUAUUUUAUUAUUAUUUUGCGUGUUAGUAAAAGUUUUUUCCGGCUUCUUCCUGUCCAUCCAGACCCGUCCAGGUGUUUUAGCUUUGUCAUUUCCCUUUAAAACCGCUCACUUUAUUUAUUUGUUUGUUUGUUUGUUUGUUUGUUUGACCAGGAUAGUCGCCAGUGAGAUAUAAAAUCCCUUCUUCCAGGGAGUCCUGGCCAAAAAAGGCAGCACAAAUAGUGUCACAUAAAUAAAAAUACAAAUAAAAAACUAUUUAGCAAACACAUAAAAUGCAACUCAUAAAACAAAUGACGCAUAAAUAAAAUUAUAGGCUAUCCAACACUCAUAUGACCGCAGGUCAAAGAUUACUUAAAACAAGUACAUGUUACCUUCAGGUUGGUCUGUAAAAGAUUCUUUUAAAAAUAUUUAAAGACGGGAGUGUUAGUAAUAUAAAAUUAUGAAAUUCUUGUAGUAGAUCUAGUGCUAUAGUUACAGGUGUGAUAAGAUAAAAGACUGCAGCUAACAAUGCCUUGGCAGUAAACAACAGCAUGUAGAACAGCAUUUUGCUUGUAUUUCCUCAUUUGGAAGUCGCUUUGGAUAAACAGCGUCUGUUAAAUGAAUAAAUGUAAAUGUAAAUGUGUAUUUUUUUUCUCCUUUGAUACAAGAAGGACCAGCCAACAGAUUCAUACAAGGUACGAUGAUGAGUGUGUGAGGAGACGCCCGUUAUAAAGCCUAAUGCAACAUGAGGAUUUAAUGAGGAUAAAGUCUCAUACAUAUAAAUCAGAUCACCGUAAUCCAACACUGAAAGGAAAGAGCUUUGCACGAUUCUCUUUCUGGCUUCCAAAGAAAAAACGGUUCUUUAAACGAAAAAGGAAAUCCUAACGUGCGUUAAAACCCAAUUUUUCAUCAAGCCAUAUGCCUAAAUAUUGAUAACAAUUCACUCUUUUCUAAACAAACCCUUUCUAACGUUAAAAUAUGUGGAACAAUUACUUUAGUGCGACAACGAGUGAAGAGCGUAUAUUUUUUGUUUUGUUUCUUAGAGCUUAAAAACCUACUUUAAUUUUGACAAUGAAGGUUUGCAAUGACAAGAAAGAAUCUUGCAGAAGCUCAAUGGCUUGAUUCAAAGAGGGUGCGAGUGUGUAAAUAACUGUGUCAUCAGCGUACAAGCGUCCUCUAGCUGAAUUUAUCCCUCGCCCUAUGUCAUUUAUAUCAAUUGAAAAUAACAUUUGGUGUUAAAAUAGAUCCCUGUGGAACACCUUUUAUUAACUGUUAAUUCUGUUGAAUUGAAAUCUUCCACUGAGACACACUGGGUUCUGAAGGGAGAGACUCUGGGUUUUCCCAGUUUAAAGGUGCAAUUUGGACUAUGUUAUGGUUUAAGCUAUGCCUAAGGACAAGUGCAUUAGUGAGAAACCUGUUUUUUUUGUUUUGUUUGUUUUUUAAACUGGAAUACGCUCCGGAUUUUAGUUUACAGGCAAAAGAUUUCCUUUUGUUUACAACUUGAGAAAGUGUGAAAAGGCAGAAGAGCUGACAACUACUUCAAGAGGCCGUCUAUAAGCUAUGAAGAUUUGUUAGAUUAUGUUUUGCCUCUUAUUUGUAGGUAGAAUUUGUUUUAUUCACAUUUUUGUUCUGGUGAUGAUAAUAGUCACUCUGUGAGUACAACCUACCUUAUUUCCUUGUUUUGUGUCUUUUCUAUGGAGAUGCCUUGCCUCUGGUCAUUUAUUGGCCAUCCAUCCAUUUUCCAUACCGCUUAUCCUACACAUGGUUGCGGGGAGCCUGGAGCCUAUCUCAGGGGACUUGGACACCCUGGAAGGGGUGCCAACCCAUCGCAGGGCACAAUCACACACACACAUCCAAUCACAGACUAUGGACAAUAGCAAUCAGAGUACAAUGCAUGUCUUUGGACUGGGGGAGGAAACCGGAGUACCUGGAGGAAACCCCUGAAGUAAGGAAAGAACAUACAAACUCUGUGCACACAGAGGCCGGAGGUGGGAUUCAAACCCCCAACCCUGGAGGAGCGAGGCAAAUAAACUAACCACUUAGCCACCGUGCCACCGAUGAUUGCAGCAUUAUAAAAUUAAAACUAAGCCAAACAUGCCCCUCUUCUUACUUCAUUAUUAACAUUAGUCACUUUUUAGUUGGGGUAAUAUGUACCAGCUCUGCGAGCAUGAAUCAUGUUUACAUUUUCCUUUGUGAAAUACUUAAGUAUAACCCAUAACCCUUACUUAACUUGAUAACAUUUUAACAUACAUAAUAUAUAAUUUCCUGUUGUUUUGCUUUUGUUCUCCACUUUAUUUAUUUAAUCACUACGAAUAUUUUAUAUUCAUGAUAAACUUAUUAAACUUAUCGAUGUUAGAUGCUUUAAAGUCUGUCAGUUUGCCUGUUUGAACUUAGCUCAAAUCCAUCAGAUGUCCAGGAAUCUUUGCAGAAUCUUCUCAAACCACUGUCCUGCUUAGCACGAAGCUUUCUCAAGCCUUUUAAUCAUGUUCGCCUUCGUGUCUUAUAGACAACGUGUCUCUACAAUCUUGCAAAGAAGUGGCUAAUCUGACUAGCGUUUGAAGAGGAGGUAAAACGUUGUGCAUACUGAUCGACCUCGGUAACUCCACUCUCUCAUCUUUCAUACAGCAGAAGCAGCAGAAGCAGCAGCAGGCCCCCAAGACUUCUGCUGCUGCUAAAUGAAUUAAAGAUGACUCCUCUCCCCUCCCAUGCCUCUCUCACUCUCCUUCUUUUUUUUUUUCUCUCACUCGGUGUCGUUUGAUACUGUUUUUUUUUUUUUUCUUCUCUUUUUGGAAUAAAAUAAUGUUUUGAGCUUUCACAUAAAUUAAUAAAAUUUGCAUCCCAAGCAGGCCUGACAUAUAAUGGCAUCUCCUUUUGAAGCUACUGAUUUGUCUUGUUUCAGGUGCCCUUACUUUACACCUGAAAGUCUGGUGAUAAUAUACACACAUUUGACUGGGUUAUAAAUAUUCAAGAAGCGCCAGCUAGCAACAUGGGUCAAGUGUAAUUUAGCAUUUAACAUGAAGUAUCUUUGGUGUUGUUUUGAGUUUUUCUGUCAAAAAGGCGGCAGUUUGAUUGAGGCUAGCCGAGAGGGAUGCCAGGUCAGAGCUGGCGUCCAGUGCUGUCCGUCUGACGGUGACGGGAAGAUCAGUUUGAUUGAGAUGAGGCUUUGUGCAGAUGCUAUAUCUGAACAGGUAAGGGGGUGCCAUGCCGGCUGCUGGUCCCCUGCUGCUCCUCCACACCAUCUGCUGGUGGCCCUUGGUGCUGUUCCUGCUGUUGCCCCCACUGCCCCUUUUUGCCCGCACCAACCCCCCGACCUUCAUCUCCCUCCACGACUCGUGCCUUAACCACCUCGAUACGCUGAAAACACGUGCUUAUCAUCAGACAUACAUAUCACGCCUCUGCGCCGGAGACCCCAGCUUUUACUCGUACGUGGAGGUACCACUGAGCUGCACAGGGGGCUACAACCUGGCACAGGCGGUCGCCAUGGGAACUUUCCUCGGAAAAUCCACCAUGUUUGUCGCCAUGGCGGCAGGGCAGGCGUCGACACCCGCGCCCACGGGGCGCUCGGCUCUGUGCAUGUACAGCAUGGAGAAGCUGGAUCAGGCGCUGGAGCGGGCACAGUUUCUGUGCUACACACAGGAAGGAAAAGGAGACAAAGAGCAGGAGGCCUACAUCGCAUACGAAGUCUCCUCCAAGUGCCUCAAGCUGCUCCAAGUGCCUCCGGUAACGCGUUUGCCAGUAGCUCAGUGUGAGAGGCAUUCAGACUGUCAUUCAUGCCUCUCUGUCCGAGACCCCUACUGCGGAUGGUGCUCACUAGAGGGCAGGUGUACUUGGAAGCUAGAGUGUGCCCGGCAUUCCCAGCCUCACCACUGGCUCUGGAGUUACGGUCGUGAUCGGCAGUGUGUGUCCAUCCAGAGUCUGGAUCCAGCCAUCCAGAGCCGGGAGGAGCAGACACAGUUUUGUGUGCAGGAGAUUCCUGAAGGCAGUUAAAACCUUUGCCCAAGAGAGAAUCAGCGGAAAACAAGGCAACGUAAGGAAAGAAGCACGACCAUCGCCACUGUGAAAGUGCAAAGAAGCAUCACGGAAAGACUGCUACAGCCGUCACUGCGCCUGGAAACAGGAAAGCACACGAGAAAGCUGACGAGUUUAUUAGUAGGAUUCGUCAAUUUAUCCAAAAGAUUAUACAGUGAUCUACUGUAUGCUUAUCCAUAGUAAUAUACAGUAACUAAUAGUACAGUAUAGUAUAGUGAAGUAAUAGUAAAGCAAUAGUAUAGAUUAGCAUAGGUGUAUAUAGUAAUAGUAUAGAUUAAAAUGCGAGAUCACAAUUUUGUGGGAUUAUAUGUUCUUUGUAAAUACUGUAAAUAUUGGUUUCUUGUCACCUUGUUAUAUUAGGAAUAAAGGUUUG